AUGUCGCUUGUAGACGCCAUCAAACCAAAAAUUGAAUUCCCUCUUCGCCUCCAAGAAUCGUGCGUUAUUGCGAAAAACCACCCCAAAUAUUAUCACUUUAAUCAAAGUCUUUUCAUCUGUGAAAACAGCACUUUGGACCCAUACACCUGCAGCUCUUGCAACUUUGUGACCGACCUAAUCACAGAUCUGCAAAAACACAUUACAGAAUACCGCAACUGUGACCGAAAACCACUGGCUUACACUGCACAGAAUUAUGAGUGCAGAAAUUGCACUUUCCAGACACAUUUUUCGUUAAAGUGGCUGAAGCACGUCGUGAGUGAGUGUGUUGGAACCGGUUUCAGUUUCCACUACGCUUGUGACCAGUGUUCAUACAAAGGAAAAAAAUUGUGUCAUUUAAUCACCCAUCAAAUAACGCAGCAUCUUAGAGAAAUUCCAUGGCAUUAUUGCAAAAGUUGCCCCUACAAAACCAAGGUAAAGCACAAUUUAACCGUACAUAUAAUUGCGAAGCACACAGCUGAUGAAGACAUUAAGUGGUUGAAGUGUGACAAGUGUCCAUAUAAAGCCAAAAUACUGAACUCGUUGAAGAACCACAUUAAGAGUGCACAUUCACUUGAAAGCGCUGUGACGUGGUACGAAUGCGACCAGUGUACUUAUCAGACGAAACAGAGAUCAAAUUUAACAAUACACACCUUGAUGAAGCAUUUCAAAGAAGGAGAUAUCAAGCGCUAUCAUUGUGAUUUAUGUUCUUACAGAGCUAUCACAAGCACGAAGCUCAAAGUGCACAAGAUUGCGCGACAUACGGACGAGAAAAACAUUAAAUGGUACGAGUGUGACCAGUGUUUGUACAAAGCGAAACAACAAGGAACUUUGAAGUUGCAUAAAAUAAAUAAGCAUUUGGGAGAUGACGAAAUCCGGUGGUACAAAUGCAAGGAGUGUUUGUAUAAAGGCAAGACUGGGAGCAAUUUAAAAAGGCACGUCAUUUCGAAGCAUAUGGACGAGAAAGACAUUGAGUGGUUUCACUGUGAUCAGUGUGGAUAUAAAGCGACGAGGAGGUAUAGCUUGAAGUUGCACAAAGAUAAGAGACACUUGAAAAAAGAAAAUUGCGAAAGUUAUGUUGCUUAG